AUGACUUCCUUUUACACUGGCGCCGAGGGUUGUCCCUACCCCAAUCCUACCACAAGCGUGCAAGUCCGCAACGGCUCAGCUGGCGUUGGCGGCCUUGUGUUGCUUCAGGAUACCCAGUUGAUUGAGACGCUGGCUCACUUUAACCGUGAAAGAAUUCCCGAACGUGUUGUUCACGCCAAGGCGGCUGGUGCCUAUGGUGAAUUCGAGUGUACACAUGAUUGUACCGACAUCACCUCUGCCAGCUUCCUCAACACCAUUGGAAAGAAGUCAGAUGUACUCCUUCGUAUCUCAACCGUUGGCCCUGAGCGAGGCUCCGCCGACACCACUCGCGAUGUCCACGGUUGGGGCAUGAAGAUCUACACUGACGAAGGAAACCAAGACUUUGUCUGCAACAACAUUCCCGUCUUCUUCGUUCGAGACCCCAUCAAGUUCCCUUCGCUUAACCGCUCUCACAAACGCCACCCCCAAACAAACUUGGCUGACUCGGAUAUGUUCUGGGACUUCCACCUCGGCAACCCCGAAGGUAUCCACGCCCUCAUGCACCUCUUCAACGACCGAGGCACUCCAGCUUCUCUGCGUAACAUCAACGCCUACAGCGGCCACACAUACAAGUUCACCAAGGAGGACGGCAGCUUCAAGUACAUCAAGCUCCACCUCAAGGCCCAAGAUGGUGUCAAGAACUUCACCGCCGCAACCGCCACCAAGGUUGCGGGCGAGAACCCGGACUUCCUCACCCAGGACCUCUUCGAGGCUAUCGAGCAGGGCAACUUCCCCAAGUGGGACGUCUUCGUGCAGGUCAUGGACCCCAAGGAGGCCGAGACGUACAAGUGGAACAUUUUCGACAUGACCAAGGUCUGGCCUCACAAGGACUUCCCCUUGCGUCAGAUUGGCCGUCUGACGAUGAACCGCAACCCUCAAAACUACUUUACCGAUAUCGAGCAGGCUGCCUUUUCGCCAUCCACCAUGGUGCCCGGCAUUGCCCCGUCUGCUGAUCCCAUGCUGCAGGCUCGCAUGUUUGCCUACCCCGAUGCUGCCCGAUACCGUCUCGGUGUCAACUACCAACAACUGCCGACAAACCGCAGCCAGGCGCCCGUUUACGCCCCCUACCAGCGCGAUGGCUUCAUGAACUUUACAGACAACUACGGGGCUGACCCCAACUACGUCAACUCGUCGCUCAAGCCCACAACAAUCAAGGCCGCCGGCAAGGUUCCCUCCACCAUCACUGAGCACGAGAAGUGGGUUGGCGAAGUCAGCAGCUUCACGAGUGAGAUCACUCCUGUGGAUUUUGAGCAGGCUACUGCCCUGUGGAACGUCCUCGGCACCCAGAAGGGCCACCAGGACAGGUUCAUUAACAAUUUGGCUGGCCAUGUGUCUGGAGCCAAGAACGCUACGAUCCGAAGCAGGGUCUAUGAAUAUUUCUCGUAUGUGGACAAGGAUCUUGGAGCUCGCCUCCGCCAAGUCACUGAGGCCAAGGUUGCCGCGUAA